GUGCAGUUGGCGCGAGAUGCCGCCAGUGUCGUGUACCCCCUUGUGGCUGUGUCCUGUAUAGCGAGCCAGGAUAAACGGAAAAGGCAAGAUGGAAACGUUAGUGGUGAUGCUGCUGCUGGUGACGUUGCUCGAGGGACAGAGGGCUCCAUGUUACGAGUGUGAGGACUACAAGGACGACCAUCCUGAGUCAAGUCCUUACAAUGAGAUUAGGUCGCACUGCUCCUACCCAUGCCUCUGCGAGCCGGGGAUGCCGACCUGUCCCCCGGGAGUGCCGGUAGUCCGGGAUGGGUGCGGCUGUUGUCCCAUGUGCGCUCGUCAAGUCGCUCAACCCUGCGAUGGCACUGCGCUGUGUGAUGAGACUAAGGGAUUGGUCUGUCAGUUUGUUACGAAUAAGGCCACAGUUGGGGUGUGUAAAGCAAUCAAAGGCAAACCGUGUACCAUUUACAACCAGACGUACGACAAUGGAGAAACAUUCAUGUUGGACUGUCGAACCCAAUGUGCCUGCAAGAACGGGACUUACGCAUGCGCCAGCUUGUGCCCUCAAGAGAACAUUUCGCCUCAGGGGAGUUGCCGACACCCGAGACUAGUGGAGGUGCCGGGCCAGUGUUGCCGCGAGUGGAUGUGUGAUGGCGAGUCUGUUCAGCGACCGCCCCAGUGCCUAGCGGAAUUCUCCCAGUGGACACCUUGUUCAUCUUCUUGUGGUAUCGGUCUCUCACACCGCGUUUCUAACUUGAAUCCUGACUGCAAACCUCGCAACGAGACCAGACUCUGUCAGCUCAGACCCUGCUACUCCCAGUUCAUCAAGCCUCUUCACGGCAGGAGUCAUCAUAUAAGGAGAGGCCAUGAGUGUAAAGCGACUCAGCGACUUGGAGCGGCGGUUCAUUUGGUGUUCGGGCAGUGCCGUAGUCGACGUCGCUAUCGCCCCCGGGCCUGCGGGGAGUGUGGGGGUUGUUGUGUGCCCGAGCUGAGUUCCACGAUCCGGGUGGAGUUCGCAUGCCGUGGGGUGAGCGGGCUAGAAGAUGUGGAACCAGGGAGCGAUCUCUGGCAGUCGGCGAGUCCGCCUCUCCACGGUCACAGGCAUAUCCUCUCAGUGGAUGUGGAGUGGGUUUUAAAGUGUCAGUGUAACGCAGCCUGCCUGGCCCACGGGGUGACCUCUCCACCCCUCGGAGGUCUCGGGCCUCUCCUCCACAGGGUACACAGGACAGCGCCCCCUUAGAUAUUAUCCUCCCCCACCCACGCAUCACAUGUAUCCUUUGCCUAACUCAAGUAUUAACAACCCAUAUCAAUAACAUGGUAAUGUAGUGCACUAAUUAUAUUUUUAUAUCAUAAUUACGUUGGUUUUAUUUCACCACUUUCAACAAUACGGAUUGUGACGGUGAAUCUAGAUUUUCUUAACUCGACUUAGAGAAGACAAUGUGAUUAGAUAAAAAAUAUUUUCCUUUCACUAAAAUAUAAGACAUAGCAUCAAAGAAUCAAUAAACGCUUUAUCACUAAAAUAUGGAUAGUUUAGAGUCACAAAUAUUAAACUAUGAUAUAGCUUAGUCUUGGAAAUAUAACAAAAUUACUCGAUAUUAAUUUUGUGAAAUUAUAAAUGAGUUAAUUCUAAGUUAAUUAUUUGCUGUCGAAGACUCGAUGACGAAAUAACUUUAAUAAUACGAGCCUACAUAUCAUUAGUUUUAUUAAAACUGUUACAGUUGUGAUUAAUUUAGUAUAUUUGUUUAUGAUAAUAAACUGAAGAAAAUAUGUGAACAACAUUUUUGAAAAGAAACACACAAAAAAACACAAUAUUUUUUAAACAAAUAACAAUCGUCUAUACAUUUUAAAUUGAUAGCUAAAUAAAAAUCCCUUAUUUAUAGAGGCAAUUUAAAACCUCAAUUUAAUAGGCUACCACAGAGAAAAAUAUACGAUAUACUUGUUGAAUACAUUUUAAUAGUUUUUUUACUCAAAAACGUUUACUAAAUGUAUUUAAAAAUAAAUUGUACGUAUAAAUAUAAUUUGAAAUUACACCACUAUUUUAAAAAAAAACACUAAUUUAAAAUAAUUUUCAGUUUUCCUGGAGUAUUAAUAUAUUUCAAUUUACUGACAAUACUUGUAUAAAGGUAUUGCAUUCCGUACAGUAAUUUAAAUGUUUAGAAACUGCUUUAAAAUGGAGCAGGUAGAUCUUUGAAACUUACAUGGAUUUAAAAGUUAAAUUUACUGGCAGUUGAACAUUAUUUGGUGUUUCAAAGCGAUGAAGUUUUCAUUUUUUUAUUUUAAUUAAUAUACCACAUAAACAUAAACAUGAACUUUAUUACUUUUUACAUUGAAACAUGGCCUUGACUUAGGACCAAGUGUUAAGAGAUGUAGUCUGUGUAUCCCACACUCUACAUGUUGUAGAUAUUAUGUGUUCAUUUGUAAAUAAUUUGUAGAUAUUUUUGCAAUGUUGACUAUUUGUAUAACCAAACAGUUCCAUAACCGUGUAUUUAGUAUUUCCUAUAAUUGUAAGACAUUAUAAUGAGGACAUUAUACUAUGACACUAUAAUGCCAAUGUAAUGCUGAUAUGUCAUUAUAACACGAGAAUAUGUCUUGAAAAAAUACUGAGACAUUUGUGAGUGCACAGUGCCAUAUUGAACUAACAAUAUCAUUUGUUAAAAUAGAUGCUACUCGUUUUUCACUUUUUUUGUGAGAUAUCAUAGCCAGUAUACUGCUUUGUCAAUAAUAAAAUAUUUGUUUUUUAA